AAUAUGCUGGACUUCGUGUUUGCUGUUGAUGACUCUGUGACCUGGCAUAUGAUGAACCUGUUAAAGAACAGGAGCCAUUAUUCCUUCCUAAAAGUUUUUGGGCCAAAACAGAUCAGUAGCUUGCAGAGCUACGGAGCAGGGGUCUACUACAACACUUUAGUGCCGUGUAAUGGGAGGAUGAUAAAAUAUGGUGUAAUUAGCACUGAUACCCUUAUUGAUGACUUACUUCACUGGAAAACCCUCUAUAUAGCCGGGCGCCUGCAAAAACCGGUGAAGAUCCUGACGCAGAACGAGAACAGCAAGCUGCAGGCUGCCCUGGUGAGCAACCUGAAGAGUGCUGUCACUGCUGCCUUCCUCAUGCUGCCAGAGAGUUUCUCUGAAGAAGACCUCUACAUGCAGAUUGCUGGACUCUCCUACUCUGGUGAUUUCAGAAUGGUAAUAGGAGAAGACAGAUUGAAAGUGCAGAACAUUGUGAAACCUAACGUUCCUCAUUUCCAGAAGCUGUACAGUAACAUAUUGCAGGACUGCCCUCAAGUGGUCUACAAGCACCAUCUGGGAAGGCUGGAGAUUGAUAAAAGUCCAGAAGGUCAAUUUGCACAACUAAUGGCUUUGCCAAGGACUCUGCAACAGAAGAUAACUUCUCUCGUAGACCCUCCUGGGAAAAACAGAGAUGUGGAAGAAAUUUUACUGCAAGUUGCCCAUGACCCUGACUGUGGAUUUGUGGUGAAUCAAGGCAUUUCGGGAAUUGUAAGAUCUUCCAGUAUAGUGCAGAGUGCUAAAACCAUCCUCACAGCUGGGGCAAAGAAAUCUAUAACGUACAGUAUGAAGAAAUUAUAUAAAAUGACAAGGGGAUGGUUAAGGAAGACAUCCUGAGUCUUGACAUACUGUGUAUGGGUAAAUAAAUGGUACUUUUUCUCCAAAUAUUUUGCAGAUGUUGCUUUGCCUGCUUGGGGAGAUUAAAGUGCAUUUAAGAAGUCUGUUCUAAUAAUUCACAUGCCAAAUUUUACUACU